CCUGCUUUUUCCAGUAUUAUAUGCGGAGUUAGGAGAUGUUAUUUUGUUGGGUGGCAUUGAGUGAUGAAACCCUAAAUAAGUUUCUGGAUUUACUUAUUUAUUUAUUUGCUAUCUUCUUCAAACUACAAGCAUAUCGUAAUAUUUGGGGAUUGAAUCAAUCGAUUGAAGUUUUGAAUGGGAAAUUAUGGUGAUGGUUGUUAUAGCAAUGUACCUGGAGGAAUUUUCCCGGUUCGGCCCACGUCAUGUGAAUGGAAACCAGCUGAAAAGGUCGCUCAAUUUGCUGCCCUGAAACAGGCCGAGAAUGGGGGAAUACCUCUGGAGUACAGACAGCUUGUGAAAGUUAACAUGCAGGGAGUUGGCGGGAUCAUGUAUUAUUUGACAUUCACAGCCUGUGAUACUACUGAUGGUAGGGAAAAAAUAUUUAAAGCAAAAGUGAUGUGUGACGCACGAGACUUAAGUUUACAUCUAAAGGAAUUCAAGGUUGACAAUGACCCCAAUAAAUCUGCUGAAAAGAUGCGCAACGAGGUGGUUGACGUGCUAGAAAAAAUUGCUGCCUUUCGCAAGGAAAAUCCUCAUUUGUUUCCUGUUCUCCCCCCAAGACCCCCGCCACCUAAUCGUAGUGGUCAGAUAAAAAUGCUGGGUGUACACCUUACACCAAAAAAAGGGGUGAUUCGUGCCAUUGCUUUCCGUAUAUUCUUGAAAGAAAUGAGGACUCAAAACCCCACAUGGAAGUAUGCGAAGGUCAGGAAAGCUGCUUCAAGAAAGUGGAAGUCAUUCAUUAUUAACGAUAUGGUCCCUUACUUUCACAAGGCACAACAGGAGUUUAAUAGAAAGGCGUAUGGAUCGUGGGAACUGGAUGGUAAGGUGCCAAACUAUGCGCAAUCCUCCUGGUAGAGAGCGUAUGAUCGAUGUAUGUAUGUUACGGAGCAUUAUGUAUGGUUUAGUCUGUUCAGUUUGAUGGGAAUGAAAUGUUUGAUUUUGAAAGAAACCAAAGAACCCCCCUCCAUCUCUCCCUCAUAAUCCUGCAACAUACUACUCUACUACUAUAGCAUAGUUGCAGUGUCUAAAUAUUGGGUUUGUUUUAUAACUCUAUUUGUUGUUGGAAUCACCUCAUGAAGCAUAUCCCACACCCUUUAAUGGGCCUGAUAUGUAUUCAAGUGCUUAACUUCAUGGU